AAGCCCGCCAAGUCAUCACCAAGACUGAACCUUUGGACGUGAAAAAGGAACCUGUAAAUAAAAAACUUGCUGUAUCUGCUAACCGGCGAAAAGUUGGCUUGAAAAGUGCUGUUCGUAAAACACCGGCAGCAUUGAAAAGUAGCUUGAAACAGACAACUGAAACACCAUUAGUUGCCAAACCCCGGAAGAAGAAAAGUACAGUGUUCGAAACACCCUCUCUUACGGGAGAACGCAAACGACGCCGGCCAAACAGAUACUCACCUGACCCCGGACCGUACGUGUAUGAUGAUGAAUUCCACACGCCCAAGACGACAUUCCGACCCAGACAAGCUGGUAACGGCAGGAAAAGAAUCUACGUUAGACUCUGGCACUAG